AUGAAACAGGAUGGAGGUUCAUUGGAUUAUUAUGAUUACACGUAUUUAACAACUAACUCUAAGAAUUCUAGAGCUCACUCCACAUCCUAUUUAAAAGUUAACGAUAGAUUUUUUAUUUAAGGAGAAUUUGAUAUUAAUCCAGAUCUAUCUUUAACCACUAGAGAAAUUUUACUUUUAUAGGUCGGCUAUGAUGGAUCUAUAAAAAAUCCUGAAUCAAAUUAUUUGAGAAAUUUCCGUGAAAAUUAUGACUAUAAAGUUGACCAAUAUGAUAUAUAGUGGAAUUCAAGACCCAUUUUUUAUUAGUUACUAAUACUUAUAAAAGCAAACACUAAACCUGAGGUUCCAAAAUAUUUGAUAAUGAAUGUCUAAAAAGAUAACUAUUUAGCCUUUGAAUAUCGCAAUGAAGACGCCAAAUUUUAUAAUUCACUGAUUCUAAAAGAUGGAAACAAUGCAAUUGGAAUGAUGAAAAUUAUUGAUUAAUAUUACUUCUUUCAGUUUGAUUUCAAAACUGGGUAAUGCAAGUUAACUUCUUUUAAUGAAUAUGAUUUUAAAGAAGUUAAAAUGAUAUAAUACAAUAAUAAACCUGCAUUUCUUUCAGAUUUGGUAAAAUUAUAAGUAUUCUCCUCAGGAUAUGCUGUAAAGGACUAUGAGUUUCAUUCAACCGAUAUUACUAAAUCUUUUAUUCGCUCUGGCUUUAUCUUUGAGCAUACUCAAACAAAUCAAAAUUGUUAUGAAUCUUUUGCAACUUAGAAUACUUUGUCCAUAAUCGAGACUACUAAGAUUGGAUAAUUAUAGUUGGAAGGAGAUUUAGCCAAUUCUUCAAUUUGUUAAAUUGACAAGUUGAAUAAUAAUAAAUGUGAAAUAAUCUACAAUGGAUAACAGUCAACAAACCAAAUUACUUUAUUAAACUAGAUGAUUGAUCCACUUGAAAAGGAGUUUUAUUUAUUGACAUUUUAAAAAAAUUCAGAUUUUGAAGGAACAAUAAAGAUCUAUUGUAGCGUGAUCCAGCGGUAAUAAUAAACUAAGAUGCUAUAUUCAAAUAAUGAGAAUCUAGUUCUUGUGGGUAUUAUGUCAUAGUACUUAUUGAAAGGAGUCACAAAGAUGUAAUUAGAUUUGAAUCCGAAUCGAAAAAUUUACAUAUAUAUACAACUAACACAGAGAAAAUAUCAAAUUAAGGAGUAGAAAUUACUUUCAGGUUUUCAAAUAGCACAGCAAAACUAUAUGAAAUAAAAGCAUUUGUUCUUAUAAUUGGAUGCAAACUCUCUGAAUUAAAGCGCAUUAACCCUGGAUAAUUCGUAUACAUUCUUGGUUCAGUUAAAAAUAAUGAGAUAUAGAUAUAAAAAUGGAUGA